AUGUCGUUCCACAACUGGCUAAUUCAAUCGCGAUACGUGAACAACGAGGACGAUGCGCAGGGGAGGCGGAGAAAGGGCAAGGCGCGCAGCACCAAGGGGGAAGAGCACGAUCCGCGCAACGCGCAGGCGCAUUCCCACGCCGUGAUCGCCUCGUCGCUCAUGCUACCACCAGACGCUCUGCCGCUCUCAGGCAAGCGCAAGGCGAGGCGGUGGGUGAACGAGCGCCUGCUAAAGGACAUGGCGGGGCCUCUUACUGGGCCAGACGUCACCUCGCUCUAUGCGCCGCCACCCUGGGGAGAGAAGACAGAGCGGCCAGUGUUGGAGAGGCUGUCAGAUGUGGCGCUCUCCACGCCCUUUGAAGCCUUUGUGUGCCAGCAAUACCUUGCAGGGGCUACUUUCAACAAGCUGCCAUCCCGCAAGGCCAGGAGCAAGCAGUCUCGGGAGCAGGCCAGCAGCGGCAACCAGCAUUCAGCAGCAGCAGCAGGAGGGGGAGCAGCAGCGGUGGUGGCGGCAUCGCAGGCAGCGUGGAGGCGGGUGCCGGAGGCAGCGAGAGGGGCCAUGCGGCGCGCUGCAGGCUGGGUGGUGGUGGGGACUGUUGAGGCUCUUCUGGUGGCAUUCCUGCACCCGCCACCUGCUGCCACUGCUGCCACCACUGGCGCGACGAGCAGCCAAGUGGACGCAUCUUGCAGUGGCAGGGGAGAGCUGAGCAGUGAGGAUGGCAGGGGGGACGAGAGCAGCAUUGUGUCGUGUGCAGCAGGCGUUGCUGGGGGUGAUGGAGCAGAGGGGCAACAGCAACAGAUGGAGGAGGCACAGGAGGAGGGUGGAGAGGGGUCGCAGGAGGGGGUUCCAUGGAAUGCGGUCACUCUCCCUUCCUGCAGCCAGCCUACCCACCCACCUCCUCCUCUCCUUCCCGCCCCACCUCGCGCCCUCCACUCUCACUGUCGCCUGGCUUCCCCUCCCCCUACCCUCUCAGCCGUCCCCCUCUGCCUCCCCAUCACAACCGCAAGAGCUGCCGCUCCCAGCACCUCAAGAGAGUAA